AUGGGGGAUGGUGGCUGGAUCGAGGUGCUUGAUUCUGAAGUAGAUGAUAAAUAUGUCUGGUAUCCGACAGCUGAGAGAGGUAAUGGUUGUUUCUCAACAAGUGAGACUUGGAGAGCGCUACAUCCUCCACCGGCAGAGGUAUUCUGGCAUAAGGCAGUGUGGUUUGUUGGGAGGAUUCCUAAGCAUGCGUUCAUCACAUGGAUCGCAGCACGAGAUAGAAUGGUCACGAGGGAUAAGCUCAUUGGUUGGGGAUUGACGGUUCCCUCCAAUUGCGUCCUGUGCUCAGGUCAUGAUGAGAGCCGUCAGCACUUAUUCUUUGAAUGCGCUUAUAGUCAUCAGGUUUGGAGUUUCUUCCUCAGUCGAUUGCAUUUGGUAGCUCCCCAAGGUUUUGAUGAAGUGUUGCGAUGGCUGAAAACUUCAUCGAGAGAUGGGAACGUAAAUUUGAUCAUGAAGCUUAUUCAUCAGGCGGUUUUGUAUUUGAUCUGGAAGGAAAGGAAUGCAAGGAUUCACUCUUCAGUGGAGAAGCCCCCAGGGGCUCUAAUAGCAGAGAUUAAACAGACUAUCAGACUCAGGUUGGAUCCCCUCGCUCGGAGACAGAGAAUCACAGCAGGGCAAUCAUCUGUGCUUGCAACUUGGAUGUCGUUUUUUGCAGUUUAG